CUUGUGAAAGAGGAGGAAAAGUGCAUGACAGAUGUGCUAAUUUUUAAGCCACAAAAAGCAACAGAAAACAAUAUCAGUGUACAUUGUAAGGGAAUGUGGGAUGAUCUGAACUGCUGGCCACCUGCUUCUCUUGGGGAAACAGUUUCUCAACCAUGUCCAGAGUUUUUCAAUUCAGAAGGGACAGUACAUCGCAACUGCACUGCCAGUGGCUGGACAGACCUACUCGUCCCACACGAAGACGCAUGUGGCUACACCUUCAAUGAGACGCUCCACUUUCCCUCAGAUUCCCAUUUGUACUUCUCCUACGUGAAGACCAUGUACACAGCUGGGUACACACUCUCUCUCAUCUCUCUCACCAUCGCCAUCACCAUAUUCUGUCUGUUCAGGAAGCUGCACUGUACCAGGAACUACAUUCACAUCCAGCUCUUCAUCUCCUUCAUCCUGAGAGUCAUCUUCAUCUUCAUCAGAGACUAUCUGCUGUUUACCAAUGAGGAGCUCUACCACUGUGACUACUACCCGGUGGCUUGUAAGGUCGUUCUAAUGUUCUCCAACUACUCCAUCCUGGCAAACUACAGCUGGCUGCUGGUGGAGAGCCACUUCCUCUUCACCCUGGUGAGCCGCUCCUUCUUCUCCCUGAAGAAACACCUCGCCUGGUACAUCGUCCUGAGCUGGGGUUUACCAUUGCUUGUUAUUGUCUCCUGGGGGUGUGCCAAGUUUUUUUAUGAAGAUGAAGGAUGUUGGGAAACCAGAAGCCAUGAAUGGAUUUGGUGGAUACUUCGAGUCCCAGUUCUUCUAACUAUAUCUAUGAACCUCAUCUUUUUCUUGGGAAUUUUGAGGAUACUGGUGAGCAAACUGAGGAUGCCGGUUGCACAGAGGAACGAAUUCAGCCAGUACAAGAGGCUGAUCAAAUCCACAUUUUUUCUGGUGGCCCUGUUUGGUCUGCAUUACAUCCUGUUUGUUUUCUUACCUGUUGAAGUCAGCAGCACGGUCUUUAAGAUAUGGACCAUUGCAGAGUUGGCUCUGUCAUCCACGCAGGGUUUCGUGGUCGCUGUCCUUUAUUGCUUCAUGAAUGGAGAGGUGCAGCAUGAGAUUCAGAGGAGGUGGAGGAGAUGGAGGCUCACUCAGCACCUGCCCAGUCGGCGCCGGCAGCAUCACAGCUCCAUCAGCCACAGUGGGACUCCUCAGACACAGGUCUCCCUGCUGCCUUGCUCUCCAGGCAGCCCGACAACCGGCGGACUCCCCGUGGAUACUGUGGAGAUGUGACUCAAGUGGGGACUGGCUCAUUUUCUCUCACUUCUCAUCAAUACAUAAUGGAUCUUGGCUUAGUACAGACUGUCAAUUAGUACACCACAGCAGCUUGAGUGUUAAAUACAGUGGUACUGCAAAAAUGCAUAUUUUUCUAAUCCCUGCAGUG